ACUGCAUCACUGCCCCUCCCAUCACCACGCCAUGUCCCCACCAUAACCACCACCACUGCGUCACACCAUCACCUCCACCUUCACCACCACACACAAUUUUGCUUCCACCAUGCCUCUUCCUCACAGACCACCACAAGCCCUCACCACCAUCACGUCGCCACAAGCCCCUCCGAUUCUCCCCGCCCUUCACCCCCCCCCCCCCCCACACACACACACACUCACACAGACACGCAUAUCAACACCACACACAGCACGCAGUCGCAGUAAGCAGGAGUAGCAUUAUUUUUAUUGUAUGUGUGCCCUGUUCCCACCCCCCGCCUGCCCCAUCCGUCACCACUGCACGCUUCACGCCCUAAUGAUGCUCCUGGCUCCCCUCCAGAGUUUCCCAGUCCAUCCCUGCGUAAGGAAAUUCCGAACGGUGGUAUUUCAAACAGUGCACUGACAUAAACAUUUCUACAUACUUUCUUCCAUUGCUUCUCCUUCCACCUUUGACCCUCUUUCCUUCUCCACAUGUUUGUUUGCUUCUCUUUGGUCUUUUCUUCCCCCUUUCUUAUUUAUCCUAUCCUUUAUGUCAUCUUUCGUACCUACCUUUGAUUUUUGUUUUAUCCAUCUUUUUCUUUUAUACAUCUUUUCAUGUUUUCUUUCCUAUACAUUCUUUCUCUUUUGUCUUGUCUUCCAUCUUUAUUCCUUCUUCCAUCUCUUCUUGUUUUCUUUCCUGCAUUCCUUCUCUUUUGUCUUUCAUCUUUCUUCCUUCUCCCAUCUUUUCAUGGUUUAUUUCCCACUCCUUUGUCUUUUCUUCCAUCUUUCUCUUUCUUCCUUCUUCCUCAUCUCUUCUUCUUUUGCCUCUUUCCCUCCCAUUCUUCCUCCUUUCAUCUCUUCGCGGUUUCUUUCCUACAUAUUACGUCAUUUAUCUUCUCUUCCAUCAUUCUCUUUUUUCCUUCUUCCUCAUCUCUUCUUCUUUUGCCUUUUCCUCCUAUUCUUCCUCCUCUCAUCUCUCCAUGGUUUCUUUCCUACAUAUUACCUCAUUUAUCUUCUCUUCCAUCAUUCUCUUUCUUCCUUCUUCCUCAUCUCUUCUUCUUUUGCCUUUUCCUCCAAUUCUUCCUCCUUUCAUCUCUUCGUGGUUUCUUUCCUACAUAUUACCUCAUUUAUCUUUCUUCCAUCAUUCUCUUUCUUCCUUCUUCCUCAUGUCUUCUUCUUUUGCCUUUCCCUUCCAUUCUUCCUCUCAUCUCUUCGUGGUUUCUUUCCUACAUAUUACCUCAUUUAUCUUUCUUCCAUCAUUCUCUUUCUUCCUUCUUCCUCAUGUCUUCUUCUUUUGCCUUUCCCUUCCAUUCUUCCUCUCAUCUCUUCAUGGCCUCUUUCGCACAUACUUUCUUCCUUUGUCUUUCCUCCCACAUUCCUCCCUCCCUCCCUCACCUCUACUUGUUUUCUUCUUCCUCUCUCUCUCUUUUGCUUCCUCUGUACUCGAUUAUGCUCAUCUCCCUCCCCUCGUCAAUCUUCUUCCGUCUCGUCUUGUCUCCUGUCCUAUCCUUUCAUCGCCUCGCCGCCUCUCUGCUCUGUUCUCUCCUCUUCUCGUCUUUCCUCUCCUCUCUUCCCUUCGCUCAGUAUUUCGCCUUUCCUUUUUUUUCAUUCUCAUUUUUUGCACUUCGAUGUUUUGGUCUUUCGUCUUUUAGCACUUCGAUGUUUUGGUCUUUUCUUCAUCUUUUUGCACUUCGAUGUUUUGGUCUUGUUUUUCUCUUUUUGUUAACUGUCUUUCAUGUGCAGUUUGUUCUCUCUCACACACAACAACAACCCCCCCCCCCCCCCCCACAUACACACACAUUCUUGGGUAUUGCGAGGGUGGACAGGUAAGACAAACAGGUGGGCACGCGAAAAAGUUUUGUGUGAUAUUGUCAAACUUUACGUAAGGAAGAGGGAGAUAAGAGGGUUAGCGAAUUGUAAAGAGAGAGAGAGAGAGAGAGAGAGAGAGAGAGAGAGAGAGAGAGAGAGAGAGAGAACUUUGAUUUAAACUCAUUUUCACAAGCAUUAUCUAUACAGUUGUGAAAAAAAAGACUCAUGGCCUGCAUUAGCCCGUUCCUGGUACAAUAACUAUGUGUGUGUGUGUGUGUGUGUGUGUGUGUGUGUGUGUGUGUGUGUGUGUGUGGGACGAGACAGUACCGUGACCUCAAGCCUCAAGGUGUUCGGAUCGCAUCUCGUCCACUCUUUAUUAUUCUUCACGUGCUUUCUCCGGACUUGAAAUUCUAGCUCGGGGUGUUUUCUCCCAAGGACGAAUGUUGAAUGAAGCGUCGAAAAGUAGGGCAUGGAAUAUGGGCUGGGGAGUGUCGAUGCAUGAAAGAAGGGUCCGAGUGGCAGGUGUGACUAUCCCUUUUUUCCUGUUGAAGUAUUUCCUUUAUCCGCGCCAAUAUAUUUAAUUAACGCGUUGGUCCAAAGUAGUAAAGAGAAUCGAGCUAAGAAAGGGAUGGAAAGGUAACCCGCCAUUCUACUUUGCGUGUUAUUCCUUAAUUGGAUAACACGAGGACAGACUAGAUCGUUUUUUUUUAAUUUUUUUUUUUAUUUGUUUUAUUUAUUGUGAUUGGCUGCAGUGUGUGUGUGUGUGUGUGUGUGUGUGUGUGUGUGUGUGUGUGUGUGUGUGUGUGUGUGUGUGUGUGUGUGUGUGUGUCUCCUGCUUCACCUUCUACACUAGUUCGGUAAUACUGAUGGUGGUAUUUUUUUUUUUUUUUUACAACAAAGGAGACAGCUCAAGGGCACAAAAAAGGGAAACAAUAAUAAGAAAAAAAAGCCCGCUACUCGCUGCUCCUAAAACCUACUACUGCUCCUCCUACACAAGACCAUAACGCUGCGACACCUUAUUCCUUUUGCUAGAGAUUUGGUGAACAAGGAACAGAAUAAUUGACUACUGUAGAAGUAACUUAGGAACCACUUUAAAUUUUAAGAGGAAAAUAGAAGAAUAGGCGAACAUGAUAUAGUUGGUAAGUUAUAUAGAAGGCAAGAGACACAAAAACAUUGGCUGGUCUAUAGAAGUAACGUUGCAGGAAACACACCAACAACACCUAAAGAGGAAAACAGAAGAAUUGAUAAUACUCACUUGUGGAAUAAAAAAAUACAGGUGUUUGAAUGUAUGGGAUACUUCAUACAUCACUUUUCAGGUAGACUUUUGGUGGGUAAACAACAGAAUCAUUAACUACUUGAGAAACAACUUUUGAAACAGAAUCACAUAAGAGGAAAACAGAAGAAUUAAUAAUACCGGUGCAAAAAAAAAAAUGUUUGAAUAUAUGGGAUACUUCAUACUUCACUUCUGGUAGACUUUUGGUGGGUAAACAACAGAAUCAUUAACUACUUGAGAAACAGAAGCACCUUAGAGGAAAACAGAAGAAUUAAUAAUACCGGUGCAAAAAAAAAAAAUGUUUGAAUAUAUGGGAUAUUUCAUACAUCGCUUCUGGUAGACUUUUGGUGGGUAAACAACAGAAUCAUUAACUACUUGAGAAACAGAAGCACCUUAGAGGAAAACAGAAGAAUUAAUAAUACUCACUGGUGCAAAAAAUAAAAUACAGGUGUUUGAAUAUAUGGAACACAUCGUACAUCACUUUUCUGGUAGACUUUUGGUAUGUAAACAGCAAAAUCAUUAACUACCAUAGAAACAACUUCAAAAAUACAAACUCAAGAGGUAAACAGCAGCAUAAGGAGAGUAUCAAGACACCUCUCCACACGAAAUUGAUCUCUCCUUUGGGCCACUCAUGUAUACUUGCUUUUAUGGGAGCAGUGAUUCGCGGGCCCUCAUUUUCCUCUCAUAUACCUUUGCCCUUUAGCUGCUUCCUUUGCUGUAAAAAAAUAAUAUUACACUCCAUGGUGAAGAAACUUGUAUAGACGCCUGAAUGUAUUAUGUGUUAAGAGUAGCCUAUGAAAGUUGGUGACAUGAAAGAAAACGGUCCUUGAGGGAGAGCUUCAAGGCCUGUCCACAACACUCUUAUGAGCCCUUUUUCUUACUCUCAAGCGGAUACAUUUCAGGGAGGACUAGACAGGAGAUAAAGAUGAGAGAGAGAGAGAGAGAGAGAGAGAGAGAGAGAGAGAGAGAGAGAGAGAGAGAGAGAGAGCAACACACAUAAAAGGGUAACUCGUGGAAAUCUAUAUCUCUUGCUAACCAGUGAGGACUUCUGUACAGCGUUUAGAGAGAGAGAGAGAGAGAGAGAGAGAGAGAGAGAGAGAGAGAGAGAGAGAGAGAGAGAGAGAGAGUGUGUACAUAAAAGGGUAACUCGUGGAAAUCUGUCUCUUGUUAACCAGUGAGGACUUCUGUACAGCGUUGAGAGAGAGAGAGAUGGGUAACUCUUGAAAAUCUAUAUCUUGCUAACCCGUAAGGACAUCUGUUUAACGCUUAUAUAAUUUGAGAGUUGGCAGGUGUGAAGAUAUUUUUUCCCCAGUUGAAGUAUUUCCCUUAUCCGCGGCCAAUAUGUCUCGUUAACGCAUUGGUCCAAGGAAGUAAAUUAAGUUAAAAAAAGAGAUGGAAAGUUAAGCCGCCAUUCUACUUCACCUUUCAUUCCUUAAUUGGAUAACGAGAGAACAGGCUGAAGCGUUUUAUUUAUUUAUCUUUAUUUGUUUUAUUUUAUUUAUUUAUUUAUUCUAGUCUUCGUAGCUGUUGUGUGUGUGUGUGUGUGUGUGUGUGUGUGUGUGUGUGUGUGUGUGUGUGUGUGUGUGUGUGUGUGACGUCAUUCCGUCACACGAGACAUAACCAGAUCGUUGAAUAAUUUAAAGAACCUGUUUGGAUCUGUAGUCACCUCACGCAACAUUUAACAGUAACAAUAAUGACAAAAACAAACACUAAACAACAACAGUAACAACAAUGACAAUAAUAACAACAACAACAACAACAACAACAACAACAACAACAAAACCAAAUGCAUAAAUAACUAGAUAAGCUGGAUGGACUUACCAACCUCGCAAAAACAAAACUAAACAAAUGAAAAAAAAAAAACCGUCAGCAUUUUUGUUUUUAUUAGUCUUUUUGUCUUCCUUUUUUUUUUGUCUUUGAGCUGCCUCCUUUACUGUACAAACAACAACAACAACAACAACAACCACGCUAACAACAAUUAAAUCAAAUCAAUCACAGUCUACGAAUAUAAAAAUCAACAAUAUCAACAACGAAAUCAGAUUUAUUACCGAAAGAAUAAGAAAAAUAAAAAAUCCCAUCAACAACAACAAUGAAAACUAAAUUCCAGUCUAACAAUCUCUCACAGUCAAGGAACAACAAAAACAACCUUCUCGGAACAAGCGGAAAGACCAGGAAAAGCCUCGUAUAAAUCCACUCACGUCGCCAAGAGGAUCUCCUGAUACGGGCGAGGCGCGCUAAUGAGACUGCCAAUGCCUCGCGUGCGUCAGCCUAUGCAAUGACGGCCCAGCGCCCUCUGUCUGUAUGGCGUGCUGUUCGUCGCUGCACACGUGGGAGGCACCAAAACAUAGAGCACAUCACCAUAGGACUUGGACAUGGCUUUGAGAUCAGUGACGACGUGAGGAAAUGAACUACUUAACGAGGAAUCACUAUAUUUGAUCAGGUUGUUCGAUAUACUAAGACCAGGAAGGAAGGGUAGUUGGAAUAUCACCAUCAUAUGACUAAGAUAUGGCUUUGAGAUCAGUGACGACGUGAGGAAAUGAACUACUUAACGAGGAAUCACUAUAUAUGAUCAGGUUGUUCGAUAUACUAAGACCAGGAAGGAAGGGUAGUUGGAAUAUCAUCAUCAUAUGACUAGGAUAUGACUUUGAGGUUACUGAGGACACCAAGAAAUGAAAGCACGAAUUAAUAAGAGAGGAUUGACUUAUAUAUACACUCUGUUCAGGUUGUUUUGUAUACUUAGGUUAGGAAAGAAGGAUAAUUUGAAGAUCACCACAAUAAGACUAAAGGGAUUAUAAGGAGGGAAAGAAGGACUAUGAUAGAAGAGGAGGAAAAUGGAAGGGACGAGGUGGGAGAGGAAGGGUAGAAAGGGGAAAAGAAAGGGAAGAGGAGGGGGAAAGGGACAUAUCUCACUCUUUUAGGACACUCCUUUGACCUCUAUUCAGGAGCAGUAAGUAGCGGGCUUUUUUAUAUUUUUCUUUAUGCCCUUGAGUUGUCUCCUUAGCUGUAAAAAAAAGGGG